AUGGCAGCUCUCACAAACGAUCAAGUCAGGUCUCUUGACCAAGCCCGGCAACGACUAUUAGCACUGCAUACUUCGUUAGUUGCUCUGCGAUCAGAAAUCGCCUCGCAAAGCCAGCUGCCCUCUUGGCCUUCCUUACAGACUCACGCGAAUCUCAUCUCCAACAACCUUCAGCAGAUUGCAGCACAGCUGUCCGAAUACCAAGAUCUUUUCCAGUCUACAGUCGCUUUCCCUCUCCCUCAAUUUCCUGGCAAGGAACGAGCUUUCAUCCUCGAGACUCUAUUGCGAACUAAACUCGAGCCAAGCAUAGAGGACUGGAUUGAGGAAGGAGGGAAAAUCGCUGCGGGACAGGCAAAAGGUUCGCAGUCAGGUCUUUCCAUUCAGGAGCGCACCGCUCUCUGGCAAUGGGCACCUAGUGCUGCCAACAGAGAAGCACGAAGACAGAAAUGGGGAGCCGACUACACCCUAGAAGAGAAGCAACGAGGCAUAGACACCGUCGUUACAGGUCUCCAAAGAGAAUUGGUUGAGCCACCUGACGAUGAAGACGACGACGAGGGCGACGAGGAAGAGGAGGAGGAGGACUACGAAGAGUCAGUUGACGAGGAUAAAGAUAAGAUGGACGUCGAGCCAACGAACUCUCAGGCGACUGCUGUUUCCUCCAAGGCUACAGCCGCAGCUUUGACGACAACCGAUCAACUGUCUGUUGACAAGAUUCACAAAUUCAUGGUCACAGGGAAGGUCUAG